AUGAAUGGGAAUCAAACAUCACAGAUUGAUUCAUUACCUGAGACAGAAGUUAACACUACACUGUUUGUACAGAUGGGUGCAAAGGCUCUGCUGUGCUGCCCUGCUAUUCCAAAGACUAAAGCAGUAUUAAUAAUGUGGGUCAUAGCCUCCAGAGGCCAGCCUCCCUGCAGAAUAUUAUACAGAGCAGAAAUAAAGGAGAUCGAUGAAACCAACUGUACAGACAGGAGAAUCAUCUGGGCAUCCACACCUGACCAGAGUCCUGACCUUCAGAUCAAUGCAGUGGCCCUCAGUCAUGACGGGCUUUAUUCAUGUGAUAUAGCAACACUGCAGGGGAAUUUCCUAAGGAGACAUGACCUCUAUGUGCUAGUGCCUCCAGCAGUAUCCCUGUUUCCAGGGGAAAACAGAACAGCAGUUUGUGAGGCAACUGCAGGCAAGCCGGCUGCGCAGAUCUUUUGGAGUCCAGAUGGGAAUCACGUCACUAAGCAGGAAUCACACAGCAAUGGCACUGUGACUGUCAGGAGCACAUACCACUGGGAGCAGAACAAUGUGUCUGCUGUGUUCUGCUUUGUCUCCCAUCCGAUUGGCAACCAGACUCUGUCCAUAGAACUCAAUCAAGUUACAGGUGUCACCAUCACGCUGUGUUCCCUGCUGACCAUUCUCUAUGUGAAACUUUCCCUUCUGGGGAUUAUUCUGCUCAUCCUAGGAUUGGUUUUCUCCCAGAAGAGCAAUUAUUUCAGAAAAUGAAAAUCUAGAUUUCUGAAGCCCAUUAGUCUGAUGACACAGCACAAGAAAACAGCCAUUUGCCAUCACCUUUCUCGUUGACAUCCAUCUAACCUGAUCCUGAUGCCUUCAUGGUUGUUAGAAGUUAUAAGGCUGCCUUCAGUCAUGCAGUAUGAAUAUACGGGCAAAAGCUUGGAUCUCACCACUGUACAUGUAUGAAUGGCUAUCUACUCUCUCUUCCCCACGUUUCAGGUCAAAGAAGAAGAAGGCUUAUCAAAUGGUGAUCAACAGUGCUGAUUAGUAUUAUUCACCCACACUUCCAGGAAUAACUUCCAUCAACUUCCUGUUCCUAGUACAUUUUACAUGAUCAUAAAUGUUAACACUGUCAGAUACCAUGACAAGCAACAUCUUCAAGUCAGCCACU